AUGCAGAGAUCCCUGAGAUUGGCUGAGGAUGUGCACAUUGCGCGUAAGUAUGGUUUGGAUAAUUUCAUCUCUGCCAGAAGGGAGUGCAAGGCUGCCCUGCAGAAGAAGCUGGGCUUGGUCAUCACACCCAAUGCUGUUGUUUUUGGCUUUGUAGGGCGGCUGACCUGGCAGAAGGGCCUUGGCCUCAGUGACGGUAGCGAGGAAGGGCACUUGCUCACUCCAAGAGUGAAGAGCGGUUCGCCAGAGCGGUUCCAUUGCCAGGCGGGUUCUGAUACACCGCUACGCAGUGUGACACCUGAUUUCGUUCGCCGCACCACGCUGCACAGGAUGGCAGCUGCUUUAUAUGGGGCCGUCGUCAUUGCCACAGCGACUGGUGGCUUGAAGGACUGUGUGAAAGGCAUUGAGGAGCAGGAUGCGACUGGCUUCUUGAUCCACCCCCCAGUGACCGAAUUUGGAGUGCGCCAGGCUCUACGAGAAGCUUCCGCACUCUACUUUCACAAUCCAGGACGCUUCCAGAAACUCGGCCAAACAAUACUGCAUGGCAUUCGGAGGCGGUUUGCAUCGACGCAUUUCACAGCGUUGUUCCCGAAUGCGUAG